AUGGAUGAAUUUGGGCAGAAUACAACAAAAUUAACCGGUUAUAUUUCUGAUCUUAUUCAGCUUUUACAAAAUAAAAUAGGAUUCAUUCCACAUAUCCAAAUAGUACCGCCAAAUCAAACGUAUUCAGAAGUAAUUCAAGCUGUAGCUAACGGUGAUUAUGCUAUUGUCAUUGGUGAUGUCAUAGUUACCGCUACACGAAGAGAAUCAGUCGAUUUUUCUAAUGCCAUAUUUGAUAAUUCUUUACGAAUCAUAACUCGAAGAACAUUUGAUGUUAAUAUUGAUCUUUUAUCAUUUUUAAAACCAUUUUCAUGUCAACUCUGGUUAUUAGUUUUCGGUGUUUGUAUCUAUGCUGCUUUUUUACUUUGCCUUAUUGAAAGGCAAGAUAAUGAAACAUUACAAAAUCGAUCCAUAUUAUCUCAAUUUCUAAUGAGUGUUUGGUAUUCUUUUGGUAAUAUUGUUGGAUAUGGUGUUGAUUUUAACGCUAAUACAGCUGCUGGACGUUUAUUAACUGCUGGAUUAUAUAUAUUAAGUUUAAUGUUAUUAGCAACAUAUACUGCAAAUUUAGCAUCUAAUCUAACAAUAUCGAAAUCAAAAGAUAUUAUUUCGGGCAUUGAUGAUGUCAAAAAUGGAAAAAUUUCAUUUAAUCGUAUUGAUAUUCGUGUGGAUACAGCAAUUGAAGAAUAUUAUUUAAGAAAAAUAUCUUUUGGUAGUCGAAAUUAUUAUCCAUUAAAAUCUCGACAAGAAUUGUAUGAUAGUUUACUAGCUGUCAGUAUUGAUGUUUCAUUCAUGGAUGCUAGUAUAGCGGAAUAUAUUACGAAUAAUAUUUAUUGUAAUUUAACUUUAAUUGGAAAAGAUUUUCAUAAAGGUGAUUAUGGUAUUGUUACUGAAAAACAAUGGUUAUAUACCAAAGAUUUAGAUGUUAAUAUUUUAUCAUUAAGAGAAUCAGGUCAACUUGAUGAGUUAAGACGAAAAUGGUUUCAAAAAAAUAAUCGUCCUGGUUCAUUUGAAACAUCGACUGUCAUAAAAAUUGAAUCAAUGGGUGGACCACGAUAA